AUGGGCGCAGAUAUCCUGCUGAUGACUCUUGGAACUGGCGCCGUCGGUUUGAAUCUGGCUGUUGCAAGUAGGAUCUACUUGUUCGAGCCCCAAUGGAACCCUUCCAUUGAACUGCAAGCAUUUGGAAGAGCACUUCGUCUGGGACAAGCAGAACAGGUCGUCAUCGUCCGUUACAUUAUGAGAGGGACCAUUGAAGAUAGCAACGUUUUGUCUAGGCAGCAAAAGAAAUUGCAACUGGCGGAUGGGGGCUUUUCACAGAAACGCAAGCCUAUUUCUUCCGACAGACUUGAAGCCAUCUCGAACAUUCUGGGGCUCGAGCUUAGAGCCCGCCUAGAAGCAUUGGAGCAAGUCCGAAAGUACAGCAGGAGAGCGAACGAAGAACUACACGCCGCAGAAGCCUCCCUCAAUGAGAACACGCAAAAUCUCGAGGCCGCAACGGCCUGGCUACACCACAUCCAAAAGAUUGUCGAGGCCGCCCGCGGCUAUCUCCUUCAAGCCGAACAGCAAGUUGCGGAUUCGCAACGCAAGUGGGACGAAGCAUACAAGCUGUCGAUGACGGCCGGGAAGAGGGUCUACCAGGUUGCGCUGUACUCGCCUGAAAAGCGGCACCUGACGGAAGAUGAGAUCGAGAUGCGACGACAGUCGGCUCUCACGACGUUCCAUGAUGCACAGGAGCAGACGGGAAACGUCUACUGGUUUCUUCCCGAUCCUCCGCGAGAACCACGACCACCCCGUUGGAAGGACAAGUACAACUACGCAGGCCGUCAGAUUUACAGCAGAUGGCAGCCUUAUCAUCCCCGGCCGCCAAAGCCGGUGCCGCCGCCGCCGAAGCCUGUCGUAAUUGUGUGGCGGCAAACGAAGAUCACGGAUUACUUUCCAAGGUUGGGGUAG